AUGUCAUCUGUUGACCCAGCAAUAGAAAAAUUAAAUGAAGCCACGUCUUUAGUUGUUUUGAUACUCUCAACAAUAAGUAUCAUUACAGGCGGUAUUGGCCUUGUAUUCAAUAUUUUAGUAUUUACUCGAGCGCCAAUGCGUCGUGAACCCUGUGCAGUUUAUUUUCUUUGGUCAACACUGUUUAGUUUAAUUUAUAUUCUUAUUCUACAACCAGUACGUCUUUUAGCAGUGAGUUUUGCCAUUGACCAAGCGAAUUACAAUCUUGCAAUAUGUAAAAUUGAGUUCUACAUUUUCUAUAUAUCGCGUUCAUCAUCAUCGUGGUUGAUUAUAUUAGCGUGUAUCGAUCGAUACCUUCACAGUUCAACAAACGUCCAUAGACGUCGAUUGAGUUCGAUAAAAGUGACAAAAUUAUCAAUUAGUGUAACGAUAAUUAUCAUGUUUUUAGUGCAUGUCCACAUGCUUGUCUAUUAUGAAAUAAGUUUCUCAUCUGAUCAAUACGGAAAUAUCACUCCGGCAUGUUUCGGAAGAAAGGGAACUUAUCGAACAUUUAUCGGAUUUUGGAAUUUAAUAUUCUAUUCAUUCUGUCCAUCGAUCCUAAUGCUCUUUUUCGGUCUUUUGACUUUACAUAAUCUUCGGCAGCAUCGUCUGAUUAUUCCAAACAGAAAUGAACCAGCAGUACGGAUGCGACGAACUGAUCAGCAACUACUACGAAUGUUAAUCGCACAAGUUUUGAUCAUUUUUAUAUUUACAUUACCAAUAUCGAUCCUUCAGCUUUAUCAAUCAUUAACGUCGUCAACGGUGAAAAGUACAUAUCGAAUUGCACAGGAGAAUUUAGCGGGACGACUAACAAGUGUUCUGACAUAUUAUGCACAUUCCAGUACUUUUUAUCUAUACACGUUGGCAGGAAGGAAUUUUCGAAGAGAAUUUUUCAAAAUCACCAGAAUUCUUCAUAUCAAUCGAAUUACAACAGCAGCCACAAGAGGUAGAACAACACAGUAG